AUGUGGACCGGGUACAUCCCUUCAGUUGAUGUUGACACGCUCGCGUCUCUUCUCCGUGUCUCGUCAUCUUCAAUCUAUACCGAUGAUUCCGACCCUGUAGCGCACGAGCUCGCAUCCCAAAUUCAAAGUGCUGUUUCACUCUUCUCCGUCUCCGAUCCUAAUUCUUCUGGAUCUUCUGACUCUUCCAGCUCUACUUCUGGAAGCACGUCGACAGAUACAACCCGCCAAGACGCUAUUAUUGGCGUCGUUAGCGCGCUGGGCGCGAUCGCGGUUCUGGUUCUUCUCUUCCUCGUCUACCGCACUGUGCAGCGUCGCCGGGAGCUCGCGCACCGUAGGCUGUCUGAUCCGCCCGAUGCGGCGGGUAUUCGGCCAGCAGGAAGAGAGUUUGACCAAGAUACUGUUGGUGGGCAGAGGCGGAGAAGUUUCUUCUAUGCGGAGGAUUCACUCAGAGGCUUCCAGGGAGAACGUCCUGUUGAGGACAGCUACGACGCACGGACAACCAGCCCUUCGAUGAUGCAGCGAAGGACAGUUAUGCCUUCUGCGAUCUCAGCUCCAAUCUUGAGAGAGAGCAGUAUGAACUGGUGA